UUUGUUUGCAGCUCUGAUCCGCUCCGUGCAGCCCUAUACAGUCAUUGGUACAGCUCUGAACAGCGCCAGCCGGACUGGACAGAACAUACCGAAGCCAGCUCUCCGUGAAGAGCGAAUCACCUCGGCGCGUUUGUCCCAAAUCAAACCACACAGACAGAAGGUAGCAUAUUCUCCGUCUAUUCAUGGAAUUAUUGUCAGGUGGCGUAGGUUGCAUUUAUUACCAAUUCAGUUCGAUAGUUGUGGCUUCUACCCAUCCUGCCUGAAGGUCACACGCGGAGCUGCUCAGCACCGACCGCCGCGCCCCUUCAGGACUUCGUCAUCCAGGGACUGCAACGAAGGGAUGAGGGGACAACGAGCUGCAUUAGAGGAGUGAGGGCAGUCUGAGGGCAACAGGAUCUGGAAAGGAAGACUUGGCUGAUAUAGAGGAGGGAGAAGGUAACCCCAGGACUUAAGAGGGGAAGAGGGGGGAGGGGGAGGAGGAGGAGGGUUAGGUGCAGCGCUGGACUGCAGGACUGAAGGACUGGAUGCUAGCCUCAGUAGGCCCCAGCAGGUCCCAGCUCCUACAGAGAUGGCCUCCAACUUCAACGACAUCGUCAAGCAGGGAUACGUCCGCAUGCGCAGCAGGAAACUGGGGAUUUAUCGUCGCUGCUGGCUGGUGUUUAAGAAGUCGUCCAGUAAAGGACCACGCAGACUGGAGAAGUACACUGAUGAGAAGUCCGCUUACAUCAGAGUCUGUCCUAAGGUGACCGAGAUCAGCAAUGUGAAGAAUGUCACAAGGCUCCCAAGGGACACCAAGCGCCAGGCGGUAGCCAUCGUCUUUACCGAUGACACCUCGCGCAUGUUCACCUGUGAAUCAGAGCUAGAAGCAGAGGAGUGGUUCAAAACCCUGUCAAUCGAAUGCCUGGGGACCCGCCUCAAUGACAUCAGUCUAGGAGAGCCAGACUUGCUAGCAGCAGGUGUUCAGUGUGAACAUACAGAGCGUUUCAAUGUGUUCCUACUGCCCUGUCCUAACCUGGACAUCUAUGGGGAGUGUAUGAUGCAGAUCACCCAUGAGAAUAUCUACCUGUGGGACAUCCACAACCCUCGCACCAAACUGGUCACCUGGCCGCUCUGCUCCCUGCGCCGCUACGGACGAGAUGCCACGCGCUUCACCUUCGAGGCUGGACGGAUGUGUGACAGUGGAGAAGGCCUGUACACAUUCCAGACGCGGGAGGGAGAACAGAUCUACCAGAGAGUCCACUCCUCCACCCUGGCCAUCGCUGAGCAGCACAAGAGAGUUCUGAUGGAGAUGGAGAAGAACAGCAGAUUGUCUAAAGGUUCUGAGACAGGCUCCUACCCCUGUACCCCCACGGCCAUCCUGCCCCGCAGUGCCUUUUGGCACCAUAUCACUGGCACUCAGGGGGGCAUGGACCCAGCCCAUGGUGACAUGUUUGGUGGUUCUCAGACUGGCGCUGAUGCAGACCUGCUCUCCACCCGGCUGCCCUCAGAGCCACGCCACGCUACCAUGCCCCUGGCACACAGCCAACACUCCCCCGUCCGCUACCCCACCUACCCCAGUCAGUGAUCCCAGGGGUGCAUUGCAGACCCUUAGCCUCCUCCACCACACCCCUACUCUGUACCCGAACACUCCUCCCAUUCUCCUUUCUCUGCAGUGCUCACCUCAACUCCACGCCCCCUCAUCUACACUCCAGCCAAUCAGGUUGGGGUGGGGUCAUAGGACCUCCCCUAAAGCUGGUAGCUCUGUGAAGCAGGAUGUGACAGCGCCUCUGGUCUUCUCUUCAAAGGUUACCUGAAGGAACUUCAACCCCCGGAAUCCCUCACUGUGGGGGCAAAGUGCAUUGUGUGAGCCGGCAGUGGCUUGUUGCCUCUUAGUGAGCUCACAUUGUGGCAUGGUGCAUCUCUCUCUGCCCUGCUGUGGGCAUGGAGGAGGAACAGGAGGAGGAGGGGUGUGAGCUGUAAGGAUGUGAUUUAGUGGGUGUCCUCUCUUCUAACCCCUGUGAAAUCGUGUUUAUUUUUUUUUCUGACGGGAUUCAUCUCAACCCCCUUCGCGAAAGACCUCUACUUGUACCUCAUGCCAGCUCUUAGCAAAGUUCAAUGUUACGGGCUCAGGACGUUCCCCAUAUAGCUCUUAUUGGGGUCAGAACAGAAGGACCCCUUCCUACCAUCCAGCUCCAGCAUGAUAAUGAUUGUGGCGCUUGCUCCAACCCAUAACCUCAAUCUGACAGACACGUAUGUAAGACAACAGUUUCCUCCCAAGAACUGGCCUUGGCUUCCAAGUCUGUGUGUGUGUGUGUGUGUGUGUGUGUGGGUGGAAGAAAGACUGUCCCUGGACUAUCAUCCAACCAAACACCUGGUCUAAUGCCACAGAUAAACAAUGGGCCACUUGUCUUUCAUCUUUCUUUUUUUUUCUUUCUUUACUUGUAGCAGACAUAACAACCUGACUUUGCCUUGUAUUCUGUUCUGUCUGAUAAAGAAAAUAGACAUAGAUUUUUCUGGGAGGAUAGAGAGAGGCGGUGAUAUGAGAGAAAGAAAGAGAGAGAGAGAGAGAGGGUGAGAGAGAUUCGUUUGUUGUUUUCUCUUGGUUUCCUGCCAUUGGGUUGUGAAGACAUCCAAGGCUGUUCAUAAUGGUAGUGGAACCCAGUCCUCUGUGUGUGUAUUGCAUGAAUGGAAUACACAGUUACUGACAUAUGGCCACUUUAAAACCAAUGUUAAGAGAGAAUUUAGACAUGGUAAAUAAUAAACUAGAUUUAAAAAUGUAAAUGUCACAAAGAUGUAGCCACUCCCUCAAACCUCAUCAUUAUUGUGGAGGUCCUUGGUCUGAGGGAGACACCACGGACUGUGUCAUAGUUGAGUUUCCUGUCAGGAACAAGAGUAUAAUGAACUAGUGAAGUUGUGAUAAUCAUUAUUAAUGGCCCGUGUUUUUAGUUUCACAGACUUUCUGGUGUGUGGGGUGGGUUACCGCCUGACCAAAAUGGCUCUUGACAUGUUUGCACUUGAAGAUUAUUUUUUUCUUAUUUUUAAAUGUGUUUUGAUAAAUCAGGAGCCGUUGCUCUUAAUUUGGGUCAUGUGAGGGAUAAGCACAGAUCUAGGGUGGGUCCAUAAGUUACCUGCCUCAGAGACCCUCACAUGGAGUCCUUUUAUUUUAGGGCUGUAAACUAGAUACUGCUGGUGGGUUAGUUAGUAGAUGACUGUUGCACAAAGAGAGAAAAACAUGUAUUUAUAGCUGGGAGUACAGUAUAAAACCUGCCCUCUACAGAGUUCUUACAUAAGAUUGGGUUUAUAACUAAUAAUGCUAAUUAUUUAAACCCAUCUCAACAUUAGCGUAUUUGACUGACUAUGAAGAUUUUCCAACUGUUUAUUCAUUUGUGACACUUGGAUAUAACCCAGCAAAUGCACCCUGUAGUGAGAUAUUUUAUAUAUAUAUAUUUAUAUAUAUAUAUAUAUAAAACUUGUAUGUAUAUAUAAAACUUGUAUGUAUAUACA